AUGGCUUCUGGAAGACUGAUUAAGCUUGUGGUUUUUGAGCUUCUUGAGUUGGCUGCUUUCGCCAUCCCCACGCUGGUGAUAAUGGAGCAGUUUGCCACCGCUUAUCAAAAGACAAGGAUGGUAGCAGAGAAAACGCACUAUUGGCUUAUUGUUUCUGGUUCAAUCGCCUAUGUGGCCUCGGUGACUCUGUUGAUCUGGGUUCCUGUAAAAGUUCUCCUAUACAAGAAACAUCAUCUCCGCAAAAAAGUUAAAGGGUGGAGACCUGUGAGAAAGCUUUGCCUAGUCUUUACCACAAUCAGUUUGAGAACAUUUUCUUUUCUCCAUACAAAGGUGCAAAAGAACAUGAAUGCUACCGUAUUACCUGACAACUUACCAGACCUGCCAGUAUCUCUGGUUCUGACCACCUUAAUUAUGGUUGAUAUUAUUGAAAAACUCAGGAUGUAUCCACUACGAGGGAGUCAAAAAAGUGAUGAUGACAGUAAGAAUGGAAGUGAGAGCAGCCCAGAGAAGUCGGUCUUGGGAGAAGAACUCCUGAACGUUGCGUCCAACUGCUCCUUCUUAACUGAAGAGCCUCCUUUCUUAGCUCUUUGCCAGAACUUUUGA